CCAAUAAUCCUGUGGGCUUUUAUCUUUUUUUUUUUUUUUUUUUCCUAACAAAGGAAAGUGGGUAGGUCAUAGGUGUUUCGGAAAAGGAAGAAUCUUAAUUACUGUAAAUUUUUCCUUGCCAAAUUCAUGCCAGCUAAUGUAUAUAUAUAUAUAUAUAUAUCUGUCUCUACUCUGUACGCUUUAGCCUAGAGAGGAUAUUCUUUGUCUGAUAUAAUAAUUACAAAAUCCACAGGAACAUCUCAAAUUAGUAAAUACCCCGUUACUCCUUACUAAAUUCCCGCCCGUCGGUCUCUUUGCAAUUCCAUUUCUCCUGUUUUUGUACUGACUCGAUCAAAAGAAGAAAAAAAAUAAAGUCUGACAAUUCCAUUUUCACCAGCGACCAGAGAAAAAGGAAGAAAAUCAAAUCAAAAUUAAAGGAACCGAAAGGAAAUCCAGGAAGAAUAGAAGAGAAAAACAUUUGUUAUAUUACACAAACACAGACAGAGUGCAAUCACAAAAUAUUUCAUUCUAAGGAAGAGAAAUCAAUGAAAGCGAAAGGGAGUAAAGGAAAAUGGAGCAUCAAGUCAAAGAUAGGGUUACCUGUUGUCUUCCUCUCUUGCUUGUUCUUCUUUCUAGCCGGUCUUUUUGCUUCUAAUCUCAUUUCUCAGAACGUAAAUGGCGAUAAAAACAGAAGGCAGCUUCAAUGGGUGAAAGAGGAAAUAAUCGAGUAUGAUUUAUUGCCUUCUGGAGAUACUGGAGAUGAUUAUCUUACUGUCAUUCCGUUUCAGGUAUUGAGCUGGAAACCUCGCGCUUUAUAUUUUCCUAAUUUUGCCACAGCAGAGCAGUGUCAAAGUGUAAUCAACAUGGCUAAGCCAAAUCUUACGCCCUCCACGUUAGCUUUAAGGAAAGGCGAAACUGAAGAGAACACUAAAGGAAUCAGAACGAGCUCUGGCAUGUUUCUCAGUGCUUCUGAAGACAAAACUGGUGUUUUAGAUGCUAUAGAAGAGAAAAUUGCAAGGGCUACAAUGCUUCCUAGGGCUAAUGGAGAGGCAUUCAAUAUCUUGCGUUAUGAGAUCGGGCAGAAGUAUAAUUCUCAUUAUGAUGCAUUCAAUCCUGCUGAGUAUGGUCCACAGAAGAGCCAAAGGGUUGCUUCUUUCUUGUUAUAUUUAUCUGAUGUAGAAGAAGGUGGGGAGACCAUGUUUCCGUUUGAGAAUGACUUGGACGUUGAUGAAAGUUAUGAUUUUGAAAAGUGUAUCGGUUUGCAAGUGAGACCGCGCCGAGGGGAUGGACUUUUAUUCUAUUCACUUUUCCCAAAUAAUACAAUUGAUCCAACAUCACUACAUGGAAGCUGUCCAGUAAUCAAAGGGGAGAAAUGGGUGGCUACAAAGUGGAUCAGAGAUCAAGAACAAGAUGACUAGAAUACCUGUACAUGCCAUCAGUUUAAUGUUUGUGAAGUGUUCUUUUCUACUGGAACUCGAGGAAAAAAAGAAAAGAGAUAAUUGAAGCAGCUGAGUAAAAUUUUUGUUAUCAUACUGAUAUGGAUCCAGUGCAAGACGAGAAAAUUAUUCAAUUAUAGCGGUGAUUAGCUUUUUCUUGGAAAAAUGAAAGGUCUUGAUGUUGUUGCAUACAAGUCCUCUGCAAGUCGGAAUUGUUGAGCAGGUUGGUAAACUAACUGCUUUUGCAUCACAAGAGUUGGCUAAAAAUUAUCAUACAUUACUGUUACAUCUGUGCAACUUGCCGGACUGUGAACUUGAUAGCUCUCAGAUAAACUGUUUUAUGUUCCUGUA